CCGCUCCGCGCGUCCCGCCCCGCGCCGCUCCGCGCUCCGCCCGCCGCCGGCGCCGCCGCCCUCCCGCCGCAGCACCACACUGAGACAACGAGAUAAUAUACUUAGCUAUUAUUAUUUAUUAUUUAUUAUUAUUAUUAUCGCUGCCGCUAUUAUUAUUUUUUAUUAUCGAUAAUUUCUCGCUGCACAAACGUCUAGCAGUGUGCUUUGUGGCUCUUCAAAAAAACAAAAAGAGAGAAUAAUAAUAAUAAAAUAAUUCCCUGAAACCUUAGCAAAACCGUUAGAAGAGUUGAAGCCUUUCAAGACACCCAAUAUUUGCCAUUAAGAAUGGUUAUGAUAAUUAGCACCAUGGAGCCUCAGGUGUCGAAUGGCCCUACUUCCAAUACAACCAAUGGACCCUCCAGCAACAGUAGAAACUGCCCUUCCCCCAUGCAGACAGGGGCUGCUACAGAUGACAGCAAAACCAACCUCAUAGUCAACUAUUUACCCCAGAACAUGACCCAGGAGGAGUUCAGGAGUCUCUUCGGGAGCAUUGGUGAAAUUGAAUCCUGCAAGCUCGUGAGAGACAAAAUCACAGGGCAGAGUUUAGGGUAUGGAUUCGUUAACUACAUUGAUCCAAAGGAUGCAGAGAAAGCCAUUAACACUUUAAAUGGACUCAGACUCCAGACCAAAACCAUAAAGGUGUCGUAUGCCCGUCCAAGUUCGGCCUCCAUCCGGGAUGCGAACUUGUAUGUCAGCGGCCUUCCCAAAACCAUGACCCAGAAAGAAUUAGAGCAGUUAUUCUCACAAUAUGGGCGCAUCAUCACCUCACGGAUUCUGGUUGAUCAAGUCACAGGGGUUUCUCGAGGUGUGGGAUUUAUCCGUUUUGAUAAGAGAAUAGAGGCAGAAGAAGCCAUAAAGGGACUAAAUGGCCAGAAGCCUAGUGGUGCUACAGAACCAAUUACUGUGAAGUUUGCCAAUAACCCCAGCCAGAAAACAAGCCAGGCACUCCUUUCACAGCUGUAUCAGUCUCCCAACAGACGCUACCCUGGACCACUUCACCACCAGGCUCAGAGAUUCAGGCUGGACAAUUUGCUUAAUAUGGCCUAUGGCGUAAAGAGGUUUUCUCCGAUCACAAUUGAUGGUAUGACGAGCCUUGUGGGAAUGAAUAUCCCUGGUCACACCGGGACUGGAUGGUGCAUCUUCGUCUACAACUUGUCCCCCGACUCGGAUGAGAGCGUGCUGUGGCAGUUGUUUGGUCCCUUUGGAGCGGUCAAUAAUGUCAAGGUGAUCCGCGAUUUCAACACCAACAAGUGCAAGGGAUUUGGCUUUGUCACCAUGACCAACUACGACGAAGCUGCCAUGGCCAUUGCCAGCCUUAAUGGAUACCGUUUAGGAGACAGAGUAUUGCAAGUUUCCUUUAAAACCAAUAAAACCCACAAAUCCUGAAUUUCAUAUCCUUACUUACUAAAAUAUAUAUAUAUAAAUAUAUAUACGAACAAAACAAAACAAAAAAAAAAACUCUUCAAGGCUUAUAUUCAACCAUGGACUUUAUAAGCCAGUGUUGCCUAAGUAUUAAAACAUUGGAUAUCCUGUGAGGAACAGGAAAGGAUUUUAUAAUGCUUAGAAAAAAAAAAAAACCUUUGAUGCAUUGAAUGUUCUUUCAUAGCUGUCGUUGUUGAAUAUAAUAUACAUAGAUAACAAUGUGCAGGGAUUUUUACCCGGCCAGCUAGUUUUACUACCUUCCUUGAAGGUGGGUCUUUUUAAGAUGACCAUUCACUCAUUUGAAAAAAUAAUAAAACAAAAAACAAUUUUUACGAACUAAUGGGAUUAAAGCGAGAAAAAAAAAAAGAUUUUUGUUUUCUUUUCUGUUUUUUCAAAACAUUGAUUGAAUCAGAUUGGUAAACCCCCCACACAAAUUAAAGAGGAACAAUAAAAAUUGCAAAAAGAAGAACAUAAUUUUGCAACUUUUUUUAUUUUUCCUUUUUUCUUUUGUAUCAUGUGAACUAAACAGUCUUCUGUUAGGGAAUGGGGUAACGGGGGAUACCUGAUGACAUAACAAUUUAAAUAACAUUAACAAUGUUGCCAAAGAGGUGGUCUCUUUGCUGAAAAUGGGUUUCAAGAAAAAUCUAUUUUUAUAAAAUAUAAAGAAUUUUUACAAGAGAAUCUGGAUUUGAGAAAAAAUAUUUUGACUGGCUAAUUUAGGGGAAAUUGACAACUUUGUCAUGUUCAUACUGCACUGGUAACUUUUUAGAGAUCAAGAUGUGUGUUUUAAACUGGAUUAGUAGAUUGUUUUUUGAAGGAUGGGCUACAAACAGAUGAUCUUCGUAUCUUUUCAUAGCAUGUAAUAAAAAUAUUAAAUACAGUACGGGAGAGUGUUCUUCCCAGGCACGCAGUUACCCACAGUCAAAACCCAAAAGCAAGGAGAUGAGUUGCAAGACGGUUUUUCUUUAAGUCAUCAGUAUGGGAUAUCAGCAGAACAAAAGUUAAAAAAAUUAAUUUUUUGAUCAAAAACUUCCUUGGUUUGAGCAGUAGGUGCUACAAAAUUAUUUACAUAUCUUAGUAUCAUAGUUAAAUGUAAUGUGUUUAGAAAAAAAUACAUUUGCUUUAAAUUUGUUAAGAAUUUUCAAAUUCACUUUAUAGCCCAAGCUAAUAUAAUUGGGCUGUGUUGGCACAUUUGGAACACUGUUUAUGUUGCUUGAAACACUUAUUUAUUUAAUUGCCGAUGUGAUGCAUAUGGCCAAAAUCAAAUAUAGCUAGUUUGGCUAGUCUACUUAUUUGUUUACUUAAACUAUGGGAAGAAGCAUAUUAUUGUGUCAUUUUGUUGUGUGUGUAUGUGUAUAUAUAAUAUAAAUAUAUAUAUAUAUAAAGUUAUUUUUUCUUUUGGUUAAUUUAUUAUAAGUUGUAACACUUUGCUAGUUUUGUUUGUAUAUGUCUUAAAAUGUUUUCUUAUGAUACUUAAGUGACAGAGGUAUCAAGGUAACUUGUGUAGAAAUAUUGUUUGAUAUAUUGUCAUGUUUGUUGUGAAUAUUUUUUCUUACUGCACAGUAGAAAAGAAAACAACUGGGUCUUUAUUUUAAUGUAAUUCAGAUUGGGGAAAACAGAGCUAAGGGAACAAAAUGACUGAGGGGGUGCUCUCCCAUGUCCAGUGCACUGAUCAUUUUAGUAUGUUUGUGCUUUGUACGGUUAUAUAUUUAAAACAAAAAAGGGUCAUGCUCUUCCCUGAGUACUAGAAACAGUUACUCGCUAUGCAUAAUCUAGUUGAUAGUUAAAUUUGCUAUUGCUUUUCUUGUCUUGUUAUAUAAAAUCUUUUCAAUACAAGUUUAGUCUUAAUGGUAAUAAAACGUUAUGGUUAUUUAUAACUUGUGCUUAUUUUGUGCAUUUUUUCCAUGCUAUACCCACUAACUGCAUGUAGACUAAGUAUUGUUUUUUCACACUGAAGAGGCAAACUUUUGUAGUAGACAAAUAACUAAAAGCAAAGGCUGCAUCAUAAUUUUAUCAGUUUUUUACUUUAACAAUGUUAGAUUUUAGUUUAAAGGAACACUCAUUCAAUGUUCAGGGAAACCUUUAUACAUCAUCUGCUAUGAAUGAGCGCAGUUUGCUGGGAAAGUUUUGAUGCAUUUGCUAAGCAUUAGUGGGGAAGGCAUGUCAGAAUCUUUUCUCUACGAUGUGUUUUACUAUCUGAAUAAUAAUAAUAAUUUAAAAAAUCUUUCUUAGGACCAGGCAGUUGUAUACUUUAGUUAUAAUGAAUGACUUCAUGUUAACCUUGCUAGUUUAGAUCAUUUCUGAGGGAAAGUAUUGUAAAUGUUUUUUUCAUAACCUUGUUGUGUUUGAAUUAUUUGUACUUUAAUUGUCCAGACAAUAAAUGAAAGUGUGUAGAAUGGC